UACCAUCAUCCAAGUCUCGAUCCAUCAGCAGCAUAUUCCAAGUUUUUCCCAACCUUCACCACUCCACCACUUUUAAUGCUACUUGCAACUCACAACCGCACAGCACAUUGAUCAAAUCUGACGAAGUGCGAGGUGCAUUGGUGGACAGUGAAACGCAGAACGCACUGGCGAACCUCGGAUGGCGCAUCCGAUCCCGUGUCAACCAAGGCUACUCACGCGCAUCGACAAGUGUCGAUGCGUUGCAUAGAGGCGAUGGAUUUGUUUCGGAACGAGACGUCUUGCGCAACGUGACCAAUUCAAGGCGUGGUUGGAGCAGGGUUUCCACCGCUCCUUGGCUCGCCAGCAACUUUGACGAGCUUAGAUGUGGUCAAACGUGUCAACAGUCAGACGACGAGAUGGGCUCGAUCGUAGACGGUAGCAAGACGAUGGAUGUGGUGGAGAAACGAACCAGAAGACUAUCAGAAUCGGAUGAGGAAGAGGAGCAAGUCCGAAAGCCCCAAGUGCCUCCUUCAGAGCGAAGGAUAGCGGGGUUGCCAAAACUUUCCUUCUGCUCAUCCGUGAGCUCGAGCUCUUCGCAUGACGGAUCGUUCUUCUCGCACUCGGCCUCGCGUCCCAAUCUCCUCAGUCUCCCCGCCACACAAACAUCAGCCAGAGCUUUCGCUCGAUCUCCCAGCUCAUCCCAUUCACCAUUCAACAUCCCCCCAUCAUCCGAGACCACGUUGGUCCCUCUGCCACACAAUUACAAUAUGCAUACAGACGUGGCCAUGGACAUGGUAGACGAAUCGAUCGCAAAAGAUCAUGACGCCGACGCAAUGGCGUACGACUUCUCAUCCCACUUUAACAGCACUGAUUUCUAG